UGUCCGCAACAGUCUAAACGUUCAUGUAGUCCGAACAAGGUGCUGCCUAACAUCAUGGCGCGAAGGGUAGCAAGUGUUUAUUUAAAUUGUUUAAUAAUUUGUGCAACGACAACUGUUCUCGUUUCGGCCUUAACUCUCAACCAAGCUACGACGAAACCCCGCCAUACUAAAUUCAGCACACCUUCGACAGACAGCAGCGGCUCGCCGGUCACGUCUGCUUCCAAUGCUGCUCAGAACAAAGCGGCAGAUUCGGGAGUCGCCUACUACCGGCUAAUCAGCAGAAUGGGCGCUACCUGCAUUCUGCUAAAGACUGAUGCUGUAGUCGAAGUGAAUUAUACAUUGCACGAUUUAGAAGAACAAGUUAGCGCUUUUAUUCCCGAGAAAGCUUUAAUCGAAGGCGAAUGUAAAGAGGAAGAUAAAGCUACGAUGAGAAUUUCAUGGACCGGUUAUAGUUUAAUCAUCAAUUUCGCAAAGACACCUGGUGGUGAACGAUGGUACAUAAGUUUAAUAAGACUUAGUGCAAGCCCUGAUCUGCCAGGUUUUCACGGCGUUUCAAUUCCAAGAAAAUCGUCGAUUGAACUGUAUCACCGCAAUAUGCUAAUUCCGACGCCGGUAGGAAAAUCGUACUCCUGCAACGAGGUGGAAGUGCCCUUAGAAACGGACGAGGACGACAAUCCUCCGCCCGGUCUGAAAGGCACUUUACUCCUAAGGUUGCUCCAAGUCCAGCCUUUCAUGUACAAGAGCGAGGACUUCGAACCGGCUCACGAGUGCAAACGUCAGAGGGCUUUUAGGGAUGAAACAGCUCCGAUAGCAGUUGGUUCAACGUUGGCGGUAGCUGUGUUAGUUACAAUAUCUGGUUAUGGAGUCUAUAGAUAUUUUAAAGUGAAAAAUGUCCAGUACAACACCAUGGAGUAAAAUUCAUAAGCAUGUUGGUGCUUAAGGAUGUUUUCGUUAGAUUUGAUGCCAAUUUUUUUUGUCAUAUCGCUAUAGGAACAUAUCAUUUACUAGAAACAUGAGGCAAUAUGUGUGUAUUGUUCAAUCUUCGUUCUUAAUAAUGAAUCAAAAAUGAUAUGAAUUAAGACGUUGAAAGCCUAUUGAUAUAUUGAAUUGACGUUUUUUAAUAAACACGGAAAUGUUUUCCAGUUGUAAUCAAAAUUGAAAACUCAAUUAUCAUAAAAUAAUGUUUAAAUUAUUUACUAAAAUAAUAGUUUAUGUAAAUAUUCUGUUAUCGAUGGCAGUCGGAAUAUUGUUAAAACAAUACUAAUAUCAUAUAUUUCCAAAAAUAUCAUCGGAAUCUAAACUUAUCUAAAUACCUUAGGAAAUAAGUGGGAACAUCAAAUAAUGAUGAUUGAUAAUGAUUGAUUCUACAAAAAUAGUAUUUUCCGAUUGGCCAUAACUUUAUAAACUGUUAAUCAUAUCAAAUUAUUUAUGAUGAUUUUUUCUUGACAAGUUUGUCCAAUUAUAGGUACUCAUGGUUCUAAAGGUAACAAAUUGUCAUAUCUAUUAGUCAAUAUACUCUAUUGUUAAACCGUUUGAUUGAAUUUUAAUAAAAGAAAAGCAGUAUUAACAUUGCAAAGAUAAAAUAAUUAACAAUAAAUAUUAAAAUAACUAAAAAAUAAUAUUUUUCGAAAAUAUUCAUUAUGCAAACAGUUCACAAAAGUAGAUUAGGAAGCUGCACUUUUCGACUGUAAAUACCUGUACUUACUGCAUAUAUUAACGUACAAGUGCUCCUCGAGAAAAUUAACUGGCAAAAAAUAUAGAGCAAGAUACCUAUACAAAAAGUUUAAAGGUGGUAAAUUAAUGUAAUGUUUUAAAAUUAAAUCACUUUCCAAAUAUAUAGAAAAGUAAGUAAAAAAUCUGUAAUUGUCAACAAUAUUUCGAAUCACAAUGCAAUAUUUUUCUUAAUCUAAUUUUUAUUUUAUAUUUAGGCAUGUAAUAUACCUUUAAAUAGUUAUCCAACUCUUGUUAAAAUUAUGUAGUAUAUUAAAAUAUUUAAUGUAGGUGACAAAAAAAUCAAUUAAACCGAUAUUCAGAAAUCCCUUGAGCAGGCUUAAAAAAUUUACUUUGAUAAUCAAACAUUUUUUCUAAGAAUUUACAGUUUGAUUUAUUUAGUUUGUGUAGUAGAUAUUUAUUUUUUUUCACCUGAAAGGUUGAUUAGACACUUUUAAAAUCUUUAUUGUUAAAUGAUAGUCAACAUAUCCUUGCAAUGUAAAAAUUAUUUUAUUUUUUCGUAUGUAGUCGUAAAAAAAUUAUAUGGUAUAUAACAAAGGUGAUUUAUGAAAAUUUGUAACUAACAAUUCGUCAAUUUGUGAAUAAAAUCAGUCAUAUCAAUAAAAUUAAUCCGGUGUUUUUAUCGCUGCAAAUUUUCAUAGAGUAUUUUUGAAAUUGCCAUGGCCUGUCUUCCAAUAAAAUAUAUUACUAAAAUUAAACGAAUGUAGUUCGAUGUGUUAAAUUAAGGUACCUAAUUAAAAUUAUACAUCUAUAAAUAUUAAAUUUAAUAAAGUAUAAAAUUCG